GCAUGCGUCAAAGUCAAUUAGUUAUCUCGUUGAAACCGAUACAAGAUCAUCUAAAAAUAGGCUAAUCAACACCAGCAAUACCCCCUUAUUGUAUUCGCGAUCGUAAAUAAAAUGCCAAAACGAAGUUUUCUCGAAGUAGAUGAUACUCUGAUUGGUAGAAAUCUCAAAUUUACGGAACCUGAAUUGAACGAGUUUAAUGAGCCUUUUCGUGUACCUGGCGAGCAAUAUCCUUCAAAAAUCAUUCAACCAACACCUGGUUUUUGCUGUAAAUCAAAAGAAAUUGGUUCAGACACAAAAAUCUUUAUAAAUGUCUGCAAAACAGAUUCAAUUCCACCACCAAAAGAUAUCACCGAAUCCGAACUUGUCGAAAUACUUAACACAGAAGUCGAUGAAAGUGUCGAAUUUCGUGUGCCGAUGAGUAUAGCUGAAAUUCGAACUGAUGUAGAUAAAAAAGGCGAAAAUGUGAAAGUAAUCGAUGUGGCGAUUAACAAAGAUUUUUUUGUAAAAAUGGAAAAAAGCCAACUUUUUACUAAUUUUGUUGUGGCCGUUAUUUUUGAAGCCAUCGCUAACAAAAAUGGAGUUUACGCCACCGAUGAAAGAUUAAUUUUAAAGAAUAAGAAAUGUUUUGGAAAUUUACAAGCGCAUAGAGUCCAACAGAGAGAAAUUGACGAGAAAAUGGGGAUAAAAAAACUUGAUGGAGCGAAUCAAAAUAAAGUUGGAAUUCAAGUUUUAGAAGGCGAUGAUGUUUAUGCCACUCCUGAGUAUCGAUUGUACCAAAGGUUUGAUGACGACAAAAAUUUAUUUGCUGAAGUAAAAUUACCAAAAAUUACAUCUUCAAAGGAAUUAACGUUGGAUAUGAACGAUGAUAGGUUUAUUCUUGAGGCAAAGUAUAAAAAAUAUCUUUUGGAUGUUUUCAUUCCCGUUUUUAUUCAAGAAGAUGAAGUUGUUUGUGUUUUUAACACUGAUACAAAGAUAUUAACAAUAAAAAUGCCAAUAAUACAAAAAACAUAAAGUAUUUUCUAAUCUAAUGGAAUGUACACUAUUCUCAAGUGAGUUUUUUUAUAUAUAUUUUUGAUAUGUUCCUAAGCUUUUUCUUUCAAGUAUUAAUAAUAUUGUUUUAUUAUGUUAAAAAUGUGAUAAAUUUUUUUCUUUGGAAUUAGCACUAAAUAACAAAUUUGCUGAAAAACCAAUAAAGUUAAUAUGCACUUAA